GUCUCGUCGACUUGCGUAUUUGUAAACCGCCUCUUUUAAUCCACUGUCUUUGAGCGCUGUUCUCUUUCACCCGCGGCGCUCAUCAAGCUCUCUCGCACGCCUUUGAGUUUUCACCCUCCUCGAACAUCCGAAAGGACCUUCGACUCGGGCCCUGCCCUGUGUUAUCGCCGCAAAGAUUUCUGCACGGCUCCGACUCGUUGCGCGGGAGUUCAGUCGCAAUCUCAAGGCUCUGAUACCGCGAAAGCCGUCUUAUAUAACCUCUCGUUACCAUGGAUCAUUCUCGGGAUCCAUGUCCUUGGGUCGCGCUAUCCGACUUUGGCGGUGCAUUCUCCAUGGGUGCUUUGGGAGGCACACUAUGGCACGGUAUUAAAGGUUUCAGAAACUCUCCCUACGGUGAAAGACGGAUAGGCAUGAUCACAGCCAUCAAAGCACGAGCGCCAGUUACGGGCGGCAACUUCGGUGUUUGGGGUGGUAUGUUCAGCACAUUCGACUGCGCAGUCAAAGGAAUCAGAAAGAAGGAGGAUCCUUAUAAUUCGAUCAUUGCCGGCUUUUUCACAGGUGGUGCCCUCGCCAUCAGAGGGGGCUACAAGGCGGCAAGAAAUGGAGCCAUUAUGUGUGCCAUCUUCUUAGCAGUUAUUGAAGGCGUUGGAAUUGGUAUCCAGCGGUUAAUGGCCGAAAACACACGGCUCGAUCUUCCUCCUCCUGGAGCACCCUCAGAAUCCGGACGUGUGGCAGCGUGACUGGAAAUGGCUACGACUCCACAUUUCAUCUAGAGGUCUUUUGGAUUCAGUCCGAACGACACAGCUUUACUCGUUUCUCUACUCCUCGAGGUCUCAACUUCUCUUCAUGUUGAAGGGGUUCUGUGCAUAGCGGGCGUAUGGACACACAGAUUCAAUGAAGAUUCGAUUCGGGUCUAACAACAGGCCGAAGAGGGCCUGCAGAAUGGUUGCAGAUGCUCGGUAGUCUGCAAAAAACAAGCAGCACCAUGAGACAGUGCUGUCGGGUUGGACUUGAAGUGAGAGGUGCUCAAUUUCACGUACAACGCUGUAAUAUAUGUCUGAUGAUAGAGUGUGGUUGUAUCCAGAGGCUAAGGUAUUCGACGCAAUACGGUUUCAGUCACUGGCAAAUUCACUACUACUUCUGUUCCUUCUCAGUCAUCCUCCAGCUGGAUAUUGUAGAAUGAGGCUCUCUGACACAGACUCCUAUAAAUACAUAGGUUUCGCCUACAAUGCAACGACGACG